AUCAUUUUAUAUAAUAUCGCAGUGACAACAAAUGCUACAGCUUUCCAGAUUAGGGUUUCUUCACUUCAAGAUUGCGACGAAAAGGGGGCCAGCUUCUGUGUUGUCUUAGAGUCAUGGAUGAGAGUGCAGCUGGAGGUGGAGAUCCGAGCGAGCAGUUCCACAGGAACGAAGCGAUCUCUGCCGUGGCUGACGAGGGUUUCCUCGGCGAGGAGGAGGAUGAUGAUUACGAGGAUCUUUAUAACGACGUGAAUGUUGGUGAGAACUUUCUGCAGUCGCUUCACCGGAACGAGGAUAACUUGGGGCAGACGACUGAGGAAGUGAAGGAAAACAAGGCGAGCCUCGCCCCGCCUCCUCCGCCGCAACCGCCGCAGCAGCCGGUGGUAGAAGGUGGAGGUGCAGCUUUGCAGAGUGAAGGGGCUACAGCUAGGAUUCCAGGGGGAGUAGAGGGGUAUCAGCAGAAUAUGGGGUUCAGGGGAAAUAGUAAUGCGAGUGAUGCUGGAGUUGUUGGAGGAGUAGCUCUAGGGCCACAGGGAGAUGGUGGGGGUGGGGGUGGGGGGUUUAGGGUUGAGCUGGGGCAAUCAUCUAAUAAGGUUUCUGAAAUAGAAGAGCGGAUGGUAAACAACACUCUCCCAACUAACCAGCAAAUGGUGCAUCAGCAGCUGCAGCCACAUGUUGCUGCUAAUGUGGGGGUUAUUGAGAAUGAUAGAAAUGUGCGGAAUGCUAAUGGGACUGGGGGAAAUGUGUAUGUGGCUGAUGGUGGUGGUGGUGGUGGUGGUGGUGGUGCUGAUGUUGCAGUUGGAGGUGUGGUUGGGAAUGUGGGUGGUGGUGGAGCUGGAGGUGGAGGUGGAGGGACAGUUCUUUUUGUAGGAGACCUGCAUUGGUGGACGACAGAUGUUGAGCUUGAGUCUGAGCUAUGCAAGUAUGGGCCAGUAAAGGAGGUGAAGUUCUUCGAUGAAAGGGCCAGUGGGAAGUCGAAAGGUUAUUGUCAGGUUGAGUUCUUUGAUCCUUCUGCCGCCACUGCUUGCAAAGAAGGGAUGAAUGGGCAUAUUUUCAACGGGCGGCCUUGUGUUGUUGCGUAUGCAUCUCCGUACACUGUUAAAAGAAUGGGUGAAGCACAGGUGAAUAGGAACCAACAGCCGGUGGGGACGCCACCUGUUAAUCAACCUAGGAGAGGACCUGCAGAUUUGCCUAAUAAACCUGCUGGUGUUGGUGGCAGUAUUCCUGCUUCUGGGAAUCAUCAAGCAGGUGGUGAUAAUAAUGGUAGAGGCUUUGGUAGAGGAAAUUGGGGCAGAGGCAACUCUCAAGGAGGGAUGGGAAAUAGGGGCCCUCUUGGGCCCAUGAGAAAUAGAGGUGGUGGAAUAGGUGUGCGUGGAUUAUCGGGAACUGGUAAUGGAUUUGGACAGGGGAUUGGUGCUGGCCCCCCAAUGAUGCAUCCACAGGCUAUGAUGGGUCAAGGCUUUGAUCCUGCUUUUGGAGGUCCCAUGGGCAGAAUGGGGGGCUAUGGUGGGUUCCCGGGUGCUCCUGCAGCACCCUUUUCAGGAAUGCUGUCUUCAUUUGGACAUGUUGGUAAUGUUGGUUUACCCGGUGUAGCUCCACAUGUUAAUCCAGCAUUUUUCGGCAGGGGACUGCCAAUGAAUGGUAUGGGAAUGAUGCCAAAUCCGGGAGUUGAAAAUCCGAAUAUGGGAAUGUGGUCUGAGGCUAAUAUGGGAGGAUGGGCAGGUGAAGAACAUGGAGGGAGAGCAGGGGAGUCUAGCUAUGGGGAGGAAGCUGCCUCAGAACAUCAAUAUGGGGAAGGGAGUCAAGAGAGAGGGCCAUGGCCAAAUGCUGCAACAAAGGAAAAAGAUCGAGGGUCUGAGAGAGACUGGUCUGGAUCUUCUGAGAAAAGGCACCGAGAUGAUAGAGCAGCUGCUUAUGAUAGGGAUGCUCCUAGGGAAAAAGAUGAGGGGCGUCGCGAACAUGAUUGGUCUGAGAGGAGACAUCGUGAUGACAGAGAUGCUGGAAGAGACAGGGAAAGGGAGCGCGACAGGGAACGUGAGCGUUCCCUGGACCGUGACCGCAAUCGCGAACGCCACAGGGAUGACAGGGACAGGUAUGCUGAUCAUCAUAGGCACAAGAGCCGUGAUGCAGAACAUGAUGAUGAGUAUGAUAGGGGAAGGUCUUCUAGGACUCAUAGCAAGUCAAGGCUAUCUCAUGAGGAUGAACAUAGAUCAAGAUCUCGGGAUGCUGAUUAUGGAAAAAGGCGACGCUUAACCUCCGAGUAAAUUGUGCCACAGAGUGUAUUAGGGUUUAGAUCAGAAAGAAAUUGAUUAGACACUAAAUAAAUGGCGUUGCCCAUGAUCCUUCAGAGUCUACUGCUAGCUGCUCUAUCGGUUACCUGGCGAAUAGGAACAGUUUUGCUUUAUGAGUUUGUUUGUGGCUUCAGCCUGCCGGUGACACCUUGAAGAUGCUGCUUUGCUUCUGUGUGAUUUCACCGGAAGACUGGUUAUUUAUGCAAAGCUGUUCUGCUGAAUUCAAGAUUCUUCAAAUGGAGGUACAAUAAAAGUUCUAGUAAAGAGAGGAUGAGAUGGCAUGGAAACACCUGGUAGCUUUUGUUAGUGGAACCUUUUAUUCCCUUAUCAGACAUUUCGUUUAUAUUAAGUUUUAAGAUGGCUUUGAGAAACCUCUGAAUAUGGAUGAUGGGUUAAAAUGCUCAAGUCUGAGAUCUGGUGGAUAUUUAAGUUUGUGUACUGUAUGAAUGUGAUGUAGUAGAUUAAACAGGAUUUUACUUUUUGUCGUGCCCCCAUUUUUUGUUUCCAAUCGUGUUGUAGCUCCUUAACCCCCCCUGUUUUUUUGUCGGGUAUAUCAUGUUUUAUCGCCUGAAGCUUUACAUUUUA